AUGGAGUUCUACUUCUUCUCGUCGGCGUCGGCGCCGGAGAAGAAGACGAAGCGGCGGCAGCAGCAGCAGGAGAGUGGUGGUGGCGGGAACGAGACGAGGUACCUUGGAGUGCGGCGGCGGCCGUGGGGGAGGUACGCGGCGGAGAUCAGGGACCCGGCGACGAAGGAGCGGCACUGGCUCGGCACGUUCGACACGGCGGAGGAGGCCGCCAUCGCCUACGACCGUGCCGCCCGCGCCAUCCGCGGCGCCAGCGCGCGCACCAACUUCGCCUACCCGGACCUGCCCCCCGGCUCCUCCGUCACGCCGUACCUCUCCCCGGACCUCUCCGCCGACGACCUCCAGCUCCAGCUCCAGCAGCAGCACUGCUGCUACGGCGGCGGCGAGAACAACGCCGCGCCGCUGCCGACGCCUCCGCCGGCGGCACAGGCGGCUGCCACUGCCGACGAGGCGUACUGCCACGACGUCGUGACGACGUCCAUGCCAUACGGCCACAACACCGCCCAUGAAAUAAUGGGCUACGGCGGCGGCGGCAACGCCAGCGGCGGCGCGGCGUGGUGCGACGCGUCGGAGCUGGACUUUGGCGGGUACAGCGACGCGGGCGCGUCGGCGGCCCACGGGGUGUACUUCGAGGAGGGGUACGUGCACAGCCCGAUGUUCUCGCCGAUGCCCGCGGCCGACGAGGUCGUCGACGGGUUCCAGCUCGGCGGGUCGUCGUCCUCGUAUUACUACUGA